AUGCUUGCUGCCAAUAAGGCGGUCAGUCCCCUUCAUUCAUGACUCUUUUUGAUGUCUGAAUUCAGUAUUACUGGCCUCAAUGGAACGUGCCUUCUGUGGCCAACAGGCUCAUUUCUCUGAGCGUUUCGUCGACCUCCUUGUCCAACAGAGAGCACAAUUCGGCGCUCAACAAGGUCUUUUUUAGCUAAGAAAAUCUUUAUAUUGACUACCCAUUCAAUACAGUCAUCUGUACGCAAUCCAUACAGUUUCAGACAAAGAUGUGUGAUCACUGGCGUCGCAAUGGGACCUGCUUGUACGGUGAUUCGUGCUGGUAUGCGCACGGAGAAGACGAUCUUCGGAAGCUGGUAAGCAAAGAAAAUUUGACGAAAAUAAAACAGAUGAUAAUUUUCUGAAUCCUUCUCGGAGUGGACGGACCGAAGAGAAAGUGAACAAGGAAAAAGAGAGGAGCGCCUCGUUCGUCCAUCAUUCUUCUCUCUCAUCACCCGAGGAGCAAGAGAACUUGAACGCAACGAAGGUACCGGUCCUUGUUGUCGAAGAAUCGAAGCUACCUGCUGCUCCGAAGCGUCCGUCGACAAAUGUGAAGGGACUGACUGUGAGCAUCCCUCAGAACAUCGCGUUCAAAGACCAAGUCUUGCAUUCGUCGCUCCCUCUUUCUCCGGCACAAUUGACAUGGAUUUCCAUGUCGGCUGGAAACGGUCCGGCCGUGGAAAAACCGAACGAAUCGGUGACGGCGGUGAUGUCCUCUUCCUCGUCGAUGAGAAACGAGUACGAGAACGAGUUCGGAAGAAAGAUGGAGGAUGCGCUCGAGAGAAGAAUUCCAUCCGGACAGUUCCAGCGAGAAGAUGAGUCUCCUGGAGUGGAUGACUUCGGAUUCUUAGUGAGUGCAAAUACUAACAAGCAUCUGACUAUUCUGUACCCAUCUCAGUCUCCGAACCCGUUCCCAUAUCAACAGGCGGGAUUCACGGGUAGAGUGCCAAUUCAGAACGGACCAGGCCACCACCAGCACCGAUCUUUCAGUCGCGGACCGCAUCAGAGAAACCCUUCGUUUCCGCCACAGUUCGGAGGUUCAUUUCUACCUCCUGCUUGACUGUAGUGGUGUAUUUUCAGGCAUGGCUCAACAGCAGACGAUCCCUCAAGGACAGCAUCAGUCCCGUAUUUCCCGUUCUGGAACCGUCGGGUUCGGAGGAGAGCGCUUGUUCCCCACUGCGCAACGGUCCUCUUCGUCGAUUCGCUCUUCUCGAGAGCACCAACCGAUAAAUCACAACGGGUCUCAUUCGCAGUUCCAACAGGAAAUUUGGAAGGUGGCUGGAGAUUUGUAUCAGCGUCAAAAGGACAUGGAGACAUGCGGAGUUCAGAUGAAGCUGCCUACGCAGGCAGCGCCACCGUCGCGCAAAUACGAGGAGAUCGAAGUGAAUCAGAUGUUGUCGCGACUGUCCAAAAUGAAAGACAUGACCUACUUGCGCCAUUUGCUCGAUCGCGGAAUAAUAAGCGAACGGAUGGUCCCCAGACAUCUCUUGGUACUCAUUCAACGAAACGAUUUCGAAAACCACAGCUUGUUUGCAGAACGAGUUGAGCAACCCAAUCUACGGUCAGCAGCCUCCGCCACCUCCGCAACCCUCGGGUACGAAUAGCGGACUGCCCAAUAACAGUGAGGAUGACUGUGAAUUCAUUAUCAAUUCCGACCUCUUUCAGGAAGCAGUAACUCGGAUUGUCCCUGUGGCCGACCAAAACUCCAUUCCGAUCACUCCUCGCUCCAUUCUUUCCUCCCCCAUCAGCAGACCCGUUCACAGUUCCAGAAUGCUCCGAGCCAGCAUUCUCUCCAUCAGCCGGCCCCGUCACAUCAUCCUUUCCGUUCGCAGCCUCCUCCCCAUUUCAGCAUUCCACAAUCGGCAGUGCCAAUGGAACAGUCUGUUCCUCCGAAGAUGUUUGAAUCCCUCCUCCCGUCGGAUAAUGCAUUUUCUAUCUGGCUCGACCCGAAACCGAAAAUUGGCAGCUUCCUCCGCCCGAGUUCCCAGGCUCCCAGACACACCGAUUCAAGUGUCAGUUUGCUAUCCAAAAUGGAUGCACUCCGUUCGGAAAAGAUUCCGAUCGACGAGGAAGAAAUAGCGAUGGCUUCGGGUCCCGGCAGUGCUGCUACUCCGCACGGUACCUCAUUUUUCGCAAUCUUUAAGAUGCAUGUCCAUUUUAGAUAAUGGUUCGAGCAGUGAGAGCUCGAGUUCUCAGGUUCUGUCGCUGAUGGAAUUGUUGAGCAGCGAGAACUUACUCGAGGAGAAGAUCGUGAAACCAAAGACGACCAUGUUCGACUUUGACAGUCUCAAGAUAGCAGAGACGCUGAAAUCGUCGCAGCAGAAUGCCAUCAGCCUGAACAGCGAUUCGCCAAUGUACAUGUUCGUCGACGAUAAAACACCGGGAUACGGUAUGGACUGCUCAAGAACGUCCUCAUCAACUAUCUGAUUUAUUUCAGAUGAAUCUAGUUCGAGCCAAUCGGGACAGUUCACUCCGUCAUCGCAUAUGGAUCGAGUCGAGCUGUGCGACUUUUUCGUCACCGGAGGAUCGUGUCCGUUCGGAGAGAGCUGCCACAUGAAGCAUGCGAUUCCGGACCAAAAAGAGCUGAACGCUCUCUAA